UGGAAACAACUACUGUACUUCCUCAGAAACCAGCUGCAAAAGUCAGAUUAUUUUGAAUAUUUAAUACCCUGUGGACUGGACUGUGGACUACUAAAGACUGUAUCUAUACUACUGUGUACCUUAAAGACCACCAAUAUCUGAGGGCAUGAUGAAGAAGAACAAGGGGCCCUCCUCCAGGAGAGCUCAAAUCCAGCAUCUGUACCAAUGUUACGCCUGCGGACAGACCACUCUGCCCGCCUGCGCCCUUCUCAGGUUCCUCCACAAGGAGCAGAUGGAGCUCACAGCCAAUGAGGAGGUGGCAGAGAGUUUGAUUGAUAGAUAUGAGAUUGAAGAGACGGCCAGAGAGAGCAGAUCCAUGACGUUUGAAGGAUUCCUCAGGUACAUGGAGUCCAAAGACUGCUGUGUCUUCAACCAGGCACAUAAAUCUGUGUAUCAAGACAUGGACCAGCCCCUCAGUAGCUACUACAUCUCCUCCUCUCAUAACACCUACCUGAUUGGAGAUCAGCUGGUAGGAAGGAGCCACCUGGAUGCCUAUGUUUGUGCUUUAAGGAAGGGCUGUCGCUGUCUGGAGAUUGACUGCUGGGAUGGGCCAGACAUGGAGCCUGUAGUCUACCAUGGCUACACCCUGACCACCAAGAUACUCUUUAGGGACGUCGUCACCACCGUGGAGCAACAUGCCUUUGAGGUGUCUGCCUACCCGGUAAUCCUGUCAUUAGAGAACCAUUGCUCCAAGGAGCAGCAGGCGGUCAUGGCCCACUACCUCAUCUCCAUUCUGGGAGACAAGUUGCUGAGAGCCACCUUGGAUCACCAAACCAAUGGAGAGCUUCCGAGCCCAAAUGACCUGCAGUAUAAAAUCCUCAUCAAGAAUAAAAAGCUAAAGAUUAAAACUGAAGGGACUGAGGCAGAGGAGAGUGUAAAUGAGGGCGAGGAUGAGGAGGAGGAUGAGGAGGAGGACGACGAGGAUCAUCAAACCAAAGCAAAGUUCUGGUCUCCAAGAAAGGCAGGGCCAAAGGUGAAAAAGAAGAAGGUGGUGGUGGCAGAGGCUUUAUCUGACCUAGUCAUUUACACCAGGUCUGUCAAGUUCAUCAGCUUCAGUCACUCCAGGGACAAUCAGAACUACUAUGAGAACACGUCCAUGGGAGAGAAGAAAGCUCGCAAGCUAGCUAAAGCCUCAGGUGCAGAUUUUGUUCAGCACAACCAGAAGCUCCUCAGCAGGAUUUACCCAGCAGGCUCCAGGACGUCUUCUUCCAACUACAACCCUCAGGAGUUUUGGAACGUCGGCUCACAGCUCGUGGCUCUCAAUUUCCAAUCUCUGGGCCUGGCCAUGGACCUUAAUGAUGGCCGUUUCCAGGACAACGGCGGCUGUGGAUACGUCCUGAAGCCGGCGGUGCUCAUGUCCAGUCAGAAGAGCUUUGAUCCCGCUUGUAGCCAGCACGGCAUCAAACCCACACACCUGCUGCUAAAGGUGAUCAGUGGGUCCAACCUACCUGUCCCCAGGAGUGGCAAAGCCCUGGACCCCUUCGUCAGAGUAGAAAUUCAUGGGACCCCAUCUGACUCACAGAGAAAAAACACACACACUGUCAAAGGCAACUCUCUGAGUCCUCACUGGGAUUCAGACAUGAGCUUCACAAUCCAAGUCCCCGAGCUCUGCCACAUCCGCUUCUGUGUUCGAGACCAGACCGGCUUCCUCAGCAGUGAUUUUGUGGGCCAGUACAGCCUGCCCUUCACCAGCCUCAAGAAAGGCUACCGCUGGGUGCCUCUCCGGUCCCGAGACGGAUGCAGCCUGGAUCCAGCCUCCCUUUUUGUCUUUGUUUGGUGUUCCUAAAAACAGCUCACCAUAUCAGACACACACACACACACACGCACGCACACUUCGCCAACAGAUAAAGAAGCGUGGAUGAUUCAGUAACAACAACAACAACAAAAAUAGAUAAAUAAAUAAAAAAUACCGUCCUUAUGUAUAAA